AUGUUCGAUGUUCUCAUUAUCGGUGGAGGACCAGCCGGUAUGGCUGCGGCCAUGUCGCUUGGGAGGGCUUGUCGAACUGUGGCCAUCUUUGACUCGCAGCAAUACCGUAGCGAAGCGGCUCCCAUGAUGCCCAACGUCCUUCACCAUGACGGCGAAAGAGGAGACAUCUACCGUACAUCGGCGGUGGAAGAGAUGAUGGAAAAGUACGAGACUCUGACGUUCAUUGACACUUAUAUCACAACGGCCAGGAAUAUGAAUCGUGAGACCACUCAGCUUUGUGAAGUGACCAACGACAAGGGGGCUACUUGGAUUGGGCGCAAAUUGAUUCUGGCAACUGGGACAAAGGAUAUCAUGCCUGCUAUCAAAGGUUACAAGGAGCAAUGGGGCCACGGAAUUGUUCAUUGUCUAUUCUGUGAUGGGUAUGAAUUUCUAGGAGGCCGUGUGGGUGUUCUCGGUCUUCCAUCGCCAGCAGAACUCCUGCCUGUGCUUAUGGCUUUUCCCCUAGCUCCAGACGGCGUGACUAUUUAUACCAACGGCGAAUCCUACGCUAUUGAUCUAGACACUAGGGAAGCUCUUGAUACGGUAGCGGCUCGAGGGGCAAAGUUUGAUAACAGGGUAAUUGAAUCCAUAUCAGAGGACCCAGAGGGCGUGGGAAUCCGACUCCAUUUUAGGACCGGCCUGGAUCAGCAGGUCAAGAUGCUGUUAAGCCACCCUCUCAGUGUGAACCGCGCAGAACAUCUCAUCACGGGCCUUGGAUUGGAGACUCAUGCAAAGGCCGGCCAUGUCAUCUGUAAAGGUUACUUCGGUGAAACCAGUCUCGAUGGGUGUUUUGCUGCAGGUGAUACUUCAACCAUUACAAGGACGAUCCCGGUUGCAUUGGCUAGUGGCUCACUCGCAGGCAUAGGGGCUGCGAAACAGCUAGCUCUCGACGAAGGUUUACGAGCGGCCCAAGAAGGGUCAGCGAAGAAGACAAGAGGCAGCCUGUAG